CAUUGCUGGUCAUUAAUUCGUCGGUGUCUGUCCGUCGGUCGUCUUGUCGCCUGUCGCCUGUCCUCUAUCAUGCCUCGCCGUGGCUUUAUUUGGUGUCUAAUUGCAUUGUCUUUGGUGCUGGGCACUUCCAUUGACGUCACACGGGCCAAGCGAGUGAAUCGUAAACUGUUCGACAAUCGCAUUGUGGGUGGCCAAGAAGCGGAGGAAGGGGCAGCUCCAUAUCAGGUUUCGAUACAAACAGCUUGGAGAACACAUUUCUGCGGUGGGGUAAUUUUAUCUGAUCGUUGGAUUCUCACUGCCGGUCAUUGUGCUAAGGAUUUCAAUAUCGCUGACGUACGAGUGGCCGUGGGAACCAAUGAUCGUCUGAGUCCUGGCCAAUUGCUAUUUCCGGAUGAAAUACGUGUCCAUUGUAUGUACGAUGUGCCAGCUAUAUAUAAUAAUGACAUCGGUUUAAUACAUUUAAAUGAGUCGAUCAUAUUCAAUGAGCGAACACAAAUUGUGGAGUUAAGCCAUCAAGAGCCGCCAGUAGGCGCCACAGUUACCCUGACUGGAUGGGGAGCUCCGGAACUCAAUUGGCCGACUAUGGAACGAUUGCAGACCAUAAAUUUGACUAUUAUCGAUCAUGAAGAGUGUCGCGAAGCUUGGGAUUACCAUGACGGCAUUGAUAUUGGCCAUUUGUGCACACUGACACGCGAUGGCGAAGGCGCCUGCUCGGGCGACUCAGGUGGACCUUUAAUGUGGGAGGGCAAAUUAGUGGGUCUGGUCAACUGGGGUCGCCCUUGUGGUGUGGGCAUGCCAGAUAUGUACGCAAAUACAAUUUACUAUCGAGAUUGGAUUAGACGGACAUUGAAAAACUGCAAGAAUCGUGUGAAUUAAGAGAGAAAAGGAUUUAAAUAGGUUUAAAUUUUCAUAUAAUCCAAAACUGUUUGUAAAUAAAUUCUUAUAAAAUCAA